AUGUCGUGUUCGACUUGUAGCAGUGCAAUUCGUCCUUCCCCUGUCAAAUUCCCCCGGUCGGGGAAUUGGAUGCUUGAUUGGGAAUGCGAGGAUCGACCCUCAAAUAAUCGUGAUGUUCAAUUCCAUGAGAAUGUAUUUUCCAUGCAGGAAGGGAUUCAGCAAGAGCUCCAUUUGAUUCACCGUCCACUUGUCCAGCCCACAGAUGACACGUCCGACGACUCUCCUAUCCUUGGCCCAGCUUCGUCUCCUCCAGGACCUGCAGAGUCCGCGUCCGCACCCGAGCCAUCUUCGAGCUUUGGAUCCGGGCCAAGCCAUGAGCCUAUGUCCCCUAAUCCGCGUGCGUCAUCAUCCGAGAGUCACAAGAGCAGUCCUGGGCCGAAUCAAUCAUCCCCUAGCCCACAAACCAGUUCGGCCCAACCCAUCUCUCCUGCUCCGGUUGUUGUACGCAAGAGUGACCGUAUCUGCUUUCGUCCGAAGCACCUGGAAAAUUAUGUCACUCACUUCUCUGAUGGAAAUGAAUAG